AUGAAUUCCGAUGUUGCACGUCUGCCCGUAGUUUACGAUGCAAGGUCGUUUUAUGUUGCAACGGUUGGUUUAGGUACGUUUCCUGGCAAACAGAAAACAUUCAUGAAUUAUUAUUUAAUGAUUGAUACAAAUAGUUAUCAGACAUGGCUUCAGUGUGAAGGUUCCGAUAAAACUUUCAAACAAGAUAUGCCACUUUAUCCUUCCAAAUUGUCAACUACAUUUCGUAUUGUUUAUUGUAAUACGCACCCUCUUUGCACCGGAGAUAGGUGCACCGGAGAUGGUGUGUGCAUUUACGAAGCAAGCUAUGGGGGUGGAUCAGUUACAAAUGGUGUUAUUGCUGAAGAACUAUUCAUUCUAGGCUCCGAUACUGGUGGCUUUGAAAGUAUCCAAUUACACAUGGGUUUUGGUCUUGUCCAACCGAAUUUCGAAAGAAGUUGGGGUAAUAAUCACCUAUACGGCAAACCUGAUAUUAUUGCAGGAAUACUUGGUUUAGGAUUAGGACAAUGGUCUUUUAUAAACCAAUUAGGUGCUACUGGACAAGGCAAAUUUUCCUACUGUUUAGAGGCGUUUAACAGUAAAAUCGAAGGAUCAGAUACAUAUUUAAGAUUUGGUGCAGAUGCGAUAAUUGGACAAGUAGGCCAAAAGUACAGAGAACUCCCAUUGUUGUGCCUGAGCUAUUUCAACGCCGCUCUAUUACUUAAAUCUAGAAGAUAUCAGGUAGGUAAAACGAGAAUAAGAUUUCCAAGAGGUACUUUCGAGCUUAAAAGCCAAGGAACUGGCGGUUGUGUCAUAGAUUCCGGUACUCCAAUAUCCAUCAUGUAUAUAGGCCAUUUUGAUAAAGUGGCAAAUUUGGUGAAGGCACAUUUUAACGGGCUCGGAGUUGAAUAUGUUGUAAAACGAUUGAGUUAUGAAGUUUGUUUCCGUCUACCAGGAAAAUUUGAUACUGCUAACUUUCCUUCGUUAACACUUCAUUUUGAGAAGUCCGAUUAUGUUAUUUCGGAUUAUAAAGAAAGUUUUGUGACACUAGAUUUUGAAACUGUUUGUUUAGACAUUUUCCCAAAAGAUGAGGAUACAUGGCCUUUUUUUUCUAGGAGCUUUGCAACAAGUUAA